AGGAGCCUAACGAGCAUGAGUUGGAGGAGAGGCUAUAUUCUAUGCUACAUUAUGUCGACGAAACACAGCCAAGCGUCGAUAAUGCAAAUCAAAAUACCACCGUAAAGUUUGUUGAAAAUGUACCACGGAGCACCUUCCGUCGUUACUGGCGCUCUAGUGGCGACCAACCCACUAACCCCCAAACGGUAAACACUCCCAAAGAAGGCGUUCCAGCCCAAAAUGUCUCGAAUUUGCCAACAUCAAACAAAAACAACAACAAUAUAAACAUGGACCCAAAACCGAAAGAAGAGAAAAGUGGCACCCCAAAAAUACUGCCGGCCGCAGAUCUGUCUAUUUUUCAAUUAGCUCCACGAAUUUUAAAGAAAACUAUUGAAAUACUUGAAACUGAGAACCAUACUAUGCUGCUGGAUUCAAGUGACGAGGAUGAGGUCGUUGAGGUUAAACUACCUCCUAAGCCAACCAUUACCAUUGAAAGCUCUGAUGAAGAUGAAGUUUGCAUCAUUGAUAAACAAGACAGUAUACCACGUACUGUAACCGAAAACACUAUAUUGAAUACUGGAAAUCGGGAAGUUUCAGCAAGCCCAGUUCCAUCAGUUGUGUCAUCCGUGUCAGAUGAAUUCAUUCGUGGUGACUGUAUUGCAUUGAAUAUUUCAUCAAAGAAUCAAGGAAACCACAGUUUUGAUUUCAGUUUACAUGGUUCAGACUUGCUUGGACAAGAGACACCUACUAAGAAAAAGAAAAAGAACAAAUCAAAAGAAACUGCAACAUCUACACCUACUAAUACUGCACAAGAAAAAUCUACUAAGACUAAUAGUCCUACUAUUGCUGACACAUGUUUUGCCACACCAAAAAGCAAAGCUAAGAACAAGAAGCAAAAAUCAAAAUCAUAUGUUGUUACAGAGAUCAGUGUUCCCAAUGCUGAUGUUUAUGAUUCAGACAGCAAUCAAUCUGUUAUUGAUUCAAACAAAAAACAAGUCGCUUAUUCUGUUACAGAGAAGAGUUUUCCCAAUACUGAUGUUUAUGAAUCUGAUUCGAGUCAAUCUGAAACUUGUAAAAAAUCAAAAACUGAUAACAUUGUGGGUAGUAGUGAAAGCCUCAUAUCUCUUGAUUUAUCAGAAAUAGAAUCGAACAUAAUGAACAACUCCAACUGUUCCAUUGUCGAUCUGACAGAGAGCGACAACUAUAUAACACUAGACAGUACAGGCAUAACGGAAAGCAUUGAAAUGGGAAAUGUUACUGGGUUUCAAGAAUCUGAAGACUAUGGGGAUGAUCCAAUAAUCCAUGGUGAUAAUGCACCAAAGUUAGGUUCAACAAAGGUACCACAGAUAUUGUUUGAAAACCUUGAUUUUGACAAUCUGAAAGGAAAGGAUAAAGUGUGCAAGGGAAGGAGAUACUCUUUAACUACUCUGAGGGCAGAGAUGGAGAAGUUUUAUAACGAGAGUUGGGGCGGAGAAGAUUUUAAUCACCGUGAAAUCCAGAAAUAUAUGUCCCGUGACAAGAACUUAUGGGUAAUUGAUCCUAAAGAUAGAAUGCCUACAUUGUCAAAGAGGAAAGCAAUAUGCAACUACUGCAACCGCUCUGGUCACCGCGACGACACGUGCCGUAUGAAGCCGCCCGUGUGCUACAUGUGCGGUUCCACAGGGCACUACGAGCCACGAUGCCCUAGCAAAAUAUGUGUCAACUGUGGUUCCCCGAACCACAUGUACUCAUCGAUGUGCCGCAACUGCGCGUGGUGGGCGCGCAUCACCUGCGCCGAGUGCGGACAACGAGGUCACCCGACAACGCACUGCCCUGACCUGUGGCGCCGCUACCACAACACGGUGAGACAUUAUAUCAUUAUGUAUGCGGACAACGAGGUCACCCGACAACGCACUGCCCUGACCUGUGGCGCCGCUACCACAACACGAUGA